UCCAACUCUCCUUUUCUUAUCCCUGCUACUAAAUAUCCUCUUCUUUCUUACCUUUGUUACUCUCGACUUUCACCUUCUUUUCGGACCUUCACCAUUCACCUUUCUUCCGAGCAUUAUGAACCUCAGUAUUAUCAUCAGGUCGUUUCUUUUGAUCAUUGGAAGGAUGCUAUGGCUACCGAGUUGCAGGCUCUAGAGGUUAAUAAUACUUGGAGUGUUGUUCCUUUACCUCCCAAUAAACAUUCCAUUGGUUGCAAAUGGAUUUAUAAAGUUAAGCAUCAUGCCGAUGGGUCCAUUAAGAGAUACAAAGCACGACUGGUUGCAAAAGGCUACACUCAAUAGGAGGGCCUCGAUUUUCUCGAAACUUUUUCUCCAGUUGCCAAGCUUGUCACUGUUUGUGUUCUUCUUACACUUGCUGUUUCUUCUAAGUGGCCCCUUUUUCAGUUGGAUGUCAACAACGCCUUCCUUCAUGGCGAUUUACUUGAAGAGGUUUAUAUGGAUUUACCUUUGGGUUAUUCUCCAAAGGGUGUCGUUUCUGGUAAGGGGGAGAAACUGGUGUGUCGGCUUCACAAAUCUCUUUAUGGAUUAAAGCAGGCUUCACGUCAAUGGUUUUCAAAAUUCUCUGAUGUGUUACUUUCUCUUGGUUUUUCUCAAUCCAAAUCAGAUUAUUCAUUAUUUAUUCGCGGAUCUGGUAGUGAGUUUAUUGCCUUGUUAGUAUAUGUAGACGAUAUUAUCAUUACUGGUGCCUCUUUGACUGGUAUUGAGCAUUUAAAGACUCUUCUCAACGAUCGUUUUAAGCUCAAAGAUUUGGGAUCUCUUAAAUAUUUUCUUGAUCUUAAGCUUGCACGGUCUUCUCAUGGCAUUGUUGUUUCUCAACGAUAUUAUACUCUGCAACUACUUGAAGAUGUCGGUUUUCUUGCUUGUAAGCCAGCUCUGGUUCCCAUGGAUCCGUUGUUGAAAUUGAAAUUUUCUGAUGAAGAUUUAUUGACUGAUCCUUCCGAAUAUCGUCGUUUGAUCGGCCGAUUACUAUAUCUGACUAUUUCUCACCCGGACAUUGCCUUUGCUAUUAAUAAAUUGAGCCAGUUUGUCUCUCGUCCUUGUAAGUCUCAUUUAGCAGCAGUGUAUCACUUGUUGCGAUAUUUGAAGUCCAAUCCGUGACAAGGAAUUUUUCUUUCUACCUCUUCUUCGUUUCAACUAAGAGCAUUUGCCGACUCUGAUUGGGCUUCUUGUCUUGAUACUCGUCGCUCAACUACUGGUUUUUGCAUUUUUCUUGGAGACUCUUUAGUUUCCUGGAAAUCUAAGAAGCAUACUACUAUUUCACGUUCUUCAGCCGAAGCUGAAUACCGGGCUCUUGCUUUGACUGCUUGUGAGUUGCUUUGGCUUUCCUAUUUGUUGGCUGAUCUUCAAGUUCCUUUUUUGCCGCCUGCACUUUUGUUUUGUGAUAAUCAGGGCGUUGUUCACAUUGCAUCAAAUCCAACCUUUCAUGAACGCACCAAACACAUUGAGUUGGAUUGUCAUUUCAUUCGUGAGAAACUUACUGAUGGCUUCAUUAAACUUCUGCCCGUACGCUCUCAUCUUCAGUUAGUUGAUGUCUUCACCAAAGCUCUUCCACCCACUUCUUUUUUCUCUCUACUUUCCAAGAUGGGUUGUCUGGACAUUUAUGCCCCAUCUUGAGGGGGAGUAUUAGAUGUAAAUAAGUUUAUUAGUCCUUGUAUCUUUUUUUGUUUUUAUG